CAGGUGAAACUUUGAAUUUCUACGAAGCGACACAUGAGGGCGCCGUUCAGAUUUGACACGCGCUGUAUCACAAACAUGGCGCUCCUUCGGAGGUAUGGCUGAUUACACAAUUAUGUGACACCCCUCAAGCUGCUUGACAUUCAACAAUCCGGAACUUACAAGACGACAGGAUUCCUGUUUUUGUUGAAGAUUUAUCUUGACAAAAAAAAUCAAAAUCUGGUAAAAUGCCAAGAUAUUCAAGGUCACCAAGACAUCGCCGCAGGAGAUCUUAUUCCAGCAGCGUCAGUUCACAAUCCAGGUCCAGAUCCAGGUCACCUCUGAGAGGUAACCCCAAGUACCACCCUCAUGGCAAGAAGACCACUAGGGGGCGCUCAUAUUCCCGAUCCCCACCAAGGAAGGACCGUGGGUCAAGCUAUAAAAGUUCCUCCUCAAAGCAACGAGGAGGCAGACGCUCACGCUCUUACACCCCUGAGAAACGUCACUACGGUGGAUCAACGAGCAAGGCCAAGUCCAGGUCUCGGUCUCCAUCUCAUCGAAAUAAAAGAUACAGGUCGCCCAAGAGAUCACCUCAGCGAGGUGGACGAGAGGCCAUCCGCCAACAAAAUGAAAGUGCUAAUUACGGACGAGAUGAGCAGGCUGACUCCCGCCCAGGCUACCAAGAGGGUACAGGCCUGUUGCACCAAGACAAGCAAGUCAGAGACUUUGAAGGACCUCAACUUCCUCCUGGCCAUAAUGUUUACAGAGAGGAGUAUGGAAAAGGAGUCCAGGCACAAGACCAGUUACCUCAGGCCUCCCGCGAUGUGGUGUAUGACAUGGGCAAUAGUCAGCGAGGAGGCAGCCAGUCCAAAUUGUCCCACAGCCAGCCUUCGGAGAGGUCCUACUCGAAGGAGAUGAAAUAUGAAGCUGUGUCUCCAGACGAUCUUCGCUUCUCUCCCAAGUCUGCCCAACAUAGCGAAUCGCCCUACGACCGCAAGAUCUCCAAACCUAAGGCAGAAUACUAUCAAGUCCAGGAGAAGUACAGCAAGCUGGAUGCCUCAGGCCAGGGCAACAAACCAGCCAUGCCUACUGAGCCCCAAAAUGCCAAGGUGGCCCCUGCUCCUAUCAUCAGGCCAAUAUUUGACCCCUACUCAGUGAAGAUCCCCCGCCGUAAGGACGAGGGCCUGACGGAAAUAUUUGAUCGGCCAGAACUGAAGGCCCGCUUUGCUUCUGAGCAGCUGCCUCCUGACGGAGGCCCGGAACCCCAGAAGAAAGAGCCAGUGGUGUAUCGGCAAGAUGUACACUUCACAGGCACUCUCCCGAGCGGUGCCCUCCCACCUCAGGCACAAAGCUUCAUCGAAAAGCGAGAGCCUGUGAUCUUGGGCUUUGAGCCUAGGCGGGAAACCUACCAGGGCCCCAGCUUCCAGUUUGCCCCCAGAGUCAUCCAGAUGGGUCUUGACAACCAGUACCCAGCUCAGCCUUCGACAUACCAGGUUCAGCCUCUGGAUCAAUAUGGACCACCCAAGGAAGUCCAGCCCCAGCCAGACUUUAACCGGCAGGCCAUGUUUGUCCAGAACACACCACCUGUCAUGCAGGAUAUGCCUCAGAGUCCCAUCUCCUACCAGUACCCGCCAGAUGACAUGCCCGAUAUUAAAGGCCCACAUGACCUGAGGUAUGAUCUAGACUCACGCCGGAAGCAGAUGGAACAACAGCAGCAGCAGGGGCAAAUGAGAAGCUUGUCUCGAUCCCGUUCCCGAUCCAGGUCUCGCAGGAGGAGUCCCAUGUCCAGGCAGCGCUCACGCUCCCGCUCCCGUUCCCGCUCGCCAUCACAUCAGUACAAGACAUCUUCAUACCGUCAUGGGCGUUCUCGAUCCCGAUCUGAGGAUCAACGUUCCCGGGACCGCAGACCUGUUCGAGAGCGGCUUGGUAACGUCUCCAAAGGAUCUGAAGACAGCUCUUUCUCUGACGGCAAUGAAGGUGGGAAGUCACUCAACUGGAGUAGGAAGCAGGCAUUUUACCAUCAGCACGACCGCCGAGAAGACCGUUCCAGGUCAUCUGACCGCGACUCGGUUGAACGUAACAGCAAGUACCGUGGUGCAAUGCGCGGUACUGGUACAUACCGCGGCGGACGGGGACGAGGACGAGGCUACCUAGGCAAGAACUUCAUCCCAGGCUACGACCGCAGCAACAACCGCGGCAACAACCGCAGCUACAACCGAGGCUACAACCACGGUGUGAGGGGAAGAUACACUCCCAGGGGGCGGGGCUUAUUUGGCGGUAGCGGAGGUAGUAGGAGUCUAGCGUGGACCCAUGACAUGUUUGACAAGGAGAAGGAGGAGACUCAGGAAGGGGAAGGCAAGAAGGAAAAGAAGAAGGCCAAGAAUGACAAGGGAAAAGAGAAGAAGUCUUCUGUGAAACAGAAAUCCAAGACGGUGAAGAAAGCAAAGAAAGUGAAGAAGAGUCCCAGCAGGACCGAGUCAGGCCAGAAAAACAAAGAGGUUUCCCACGCACCAGAGUCGACCAACACUGCAUCUUGAGCUGUGACUGAACACAGGUUGCCAGACCCUUUGCAGAUGUUCUACGCUUGACAUAUUCUGCGUCGCAAAUUUUGUGAAUUGGAAAUGAACCAGAGGUACAUUUUGAUGACGCUUUGAAUACAAACACCUUUAGAAAGAUCCAAACCGCCUUGAAAUAGGUAGCUCUGAUUACACUUGCUAUCUCAUUGCAAGACAUUGAUCUGGUACUUGAUGGUCACUCUUGAUGGUGUGUACCAGUGAAGCUGGUUUGUGCAUUGGAAGAUCAUAUGUGACAUUGGAAGUGGAACCAGUGUAGGCUGCUGAUAUGGCAAGGCACCAGUCUUCAAGGCAAACUUUGUGCGUUGAGGAAAUGUCAGGGUUCCUCCAUUGGUAGGAGUGGUAAAAUGAGUUUAGUUCUUAUUUUUUUUCUAAUAAUGUUAGCUGAAUUAAUUCAAGUUUAUUGUAAAUUUAUUUUCAGUGGUAGAUUUUGUUUUAG